GAUACCGGCCACCCCCGCAGCCUCGUCUACUCCACGCUUCAACAGCGCAGGAAACCGAGUUCCCAAAUCGACGACCUCUCUCUGAUCUCCACGCGCACCAACCGGGCUCGAUGCGGGCGAUCUCGUCGGCGGCGGGUGGGAUGCUGCGGGCGCAGCUGCGCGGGGCGGCGCGCGUCCGCGGCGGUGGCGAGGGGGCCGGACGCUGGACGACGCCGGGGCACGAGGGGCGGCCCAAGGGGUACCUCUUCAGCCGGCCGCCGCCGCCGCCGGGGGAGUCGCGGAAGUGGGAGGACUGGGAGCUGCCCUGCUACGUCACCUCCUUCCUCACCGUCGUCAUCCUCGGCGUCGGGCUCAACGCCAAGCCCGACCUCACCCUCGAGACCUGGGCGCACCAGAAGGCGCUCGAGCGCCUCCAGCAGCAGGAGCUCGCCGCCGCCGCCGCCCACGCCGAGUGAUACCACGCUGCUCAGUUUCGUUUUGGAAUUUACCCAAUGAAGAUGGCGAAUGCACAAAACAUUUUGAAAUGUUUCACGGUUGUAUUUGUUGAGAAAUUCUUGAAUUUUAAUGUUACUUUGGGCUCAUUUUUUCUUUGGACCGGCCGGCCCACUUGCUUCACUGUGGGCCGAGCCCAUGUACUGAUGUAUACUAGAGGCAUGGAUCUGCUAGGGUUGAGGAUUGAGUUGGAAAACUUGCAUGCGGAUGAAGGAGAGGUAGGGUUGGCGGCUGGUGGUAUGGUGGCGGCGCAACCGCCUCCGGUUCCUUUGGGAGCGUGGGGAUGGAGGGCGCCGUCUUCGCAGCUAUUUGAGGUCGGCUUCCUCUCCAAGGUCGAUGCAGAGAAAAUAUACAUCCCCAUCAGUUUCGAAUUCCUCUCUCUGAUUUGGUUCAUCGCAUGGUGAUCGGCUUUGGCCUUCUGUGCGUCGGUGCCUGGUGAAUUGAGUGGAGGAGCUUCUGAUUUGGGGGCUGAUUGGAGCUGUGUUCGCCGAGAUUCGCCUGUACUUGUAGUGACAGUACAAUUGAGGCAUUGUAUCUCCGUCUUCCUUCUCGCUGGCGGCAACUGGCGGACGAUUGAAUUUCUGGGACAGCGGCUAGUGAGACGUGUCUUGCCUCGUUUACUUUUGCUUUUAAGCAACUCUCACUGUGAGCAUUUCAUUUUACUUUUUUUCUUCUCUUUGUGGUUCUGGACAAUAUGGAGUAACAUGCUCGAUGAUGAUGUAUUGGUUUGAAACUGGGCUAGAUUGUUGAGUACAAUAGACAAAACUUGAAGUA